GUUGUUUGCCAAAAUUUUCGCUUUAUCUUCUGCUUCUCUACCCGAGGUGAUGGGAUUAUCGUCCCUACUGAACCUUAGAAAGCAUAGUUCGGACGAUAUCAUCAGUCGGGAUGUGGCAGUCAUAGGCGGAGGAGCAAGCGGUGUCUACACGGCUUUUCGACUGCGCGAUAACGAUCAAAGUGUUAUCGUCAUCGAAAAGAAGGACAGGCUUGGAGGACAUGCUGAAGUCUACAGUGACCCGAACACUGGAUCUAAGUUCAAUAUGGGUGUCCAGGUGUUCGAAGAUUCACCUAUUGUGAGGGACUACUUUCGCCGGUUCAACGUUCCCUUGGUGGCGCAGAACAUCUCUCAAAGAUCGGCCAGGGUUGUAGAUUUCUCGACUGGAGAGGCGGUGCAGAACUACACUCGUCCCAACAGCACUGAGAUCAGCUCAGCCUUUGUAAGGUAUGCGCGUCAUUUGUCCGAUUUUCCGGGCUUGCGAGACGGGUUCAACGUGACCUACCCGGUACCCCCAGACCUACUCCUCCCCUUUGGGCAAUUCAUCGAUAAGUACGAACUAGGCAGCUUCGUGGAGACCGUUAUGAUCCUACUCCCAGGAUUCACUCCGCUCCUGGAACUGCCUACUCUCUACGUGUUUAAAGCCCUGAGCCCACAGCUCGUUCAAGCCUUCCAGACUGGAUUCGUUAUGACGCCCGACGACAACACGGCAAGGCUCUACGAUGCUGCCGCUCAACAACUGGGAUGUGACGUACUCUACAAUACCACCAUCCUGGCCAUGGACCGCUCCUCCUCCUACUCUUCCUCCGAUUCUAACAAUGCCAUCAAGAUCGCUGUUCAAACGCCCAAGGGAGUCAAGUUGAUACUCGCCAAGCAACUCGUCUCCGCCAUCCCCCCGACACCGCAGACAAUGCAGGGCUACGACCUCAGCGCCGAAGAACUCCUUCUGUUCAACCAGUUUUCCGGCAGUGGGUACUACACCGCCGUCCUGAACAACACGGGCCUGACGCAGCGCUACCAAAACUUCAACCCCAUGCAGCCGUACGGUGUGCCUCUCGAUCCGUUAGCGUACAGCUUCGAACCCGCCCCCCUCCCAGGAUAUACCAAAGUGUUCUACGCCUCGGCACAGCCCAUGUCCGAGGAAGAAGUGAAGGCGAAUAUUAUCGAUCAUAUUGCACGGAUUAAAAGUAGGAAUCCAUCCCUACCUCUGACGGAGGCGGAGUUUGUGGCUUUCUCGGAUCACUCGCCGUUUAAUCUGAUGGUUGGGAACGAGGCGGUCAGGGACGGGUUUUAUGAGAGAAUGUAUGGGUUACAAGAGCAGAGGGGGACGUGGUUUGCCGGGGCGGCGUGGAUGACGCAGGAUAGUGCGGUCAUUUGGGAGUGGGUGGAGGAGUGGUUGUUGCCGAGGAUUUUGGAGGCUGCGGCAGGUGGGAAGUCUGGUGGUUGA